AUGGCUGCUGAAAAUAUCGCUUUGGUUUGUUCCUAAUCACUGUUUUUUUCUGAAUAAUAUAUCUAACUAUUGUCGUAUUUUGAAGCUUUUCUCUUUGAUGGUUCUCUUUGAAGACUUAUGAGUUGGUUGAAGAUAAGCUACAUCGCGAUUUAACGCGUUGAAACAUCGAAAAACAUGGCUCAAAAUACGGUCAUAAAAGUAUUUGUACAACGCGAUUAUUCCCGUGGAACGAAUUGUCGUUUCAUGACCGAAAUGCCCGUUGAGUUAAAUGGAAAGAUCGAUGAACAGGCUUUUCAACAUACAAUCCAAGGCAUAAAUGAAAUAAUGGACGAUGCAGAGAAAAUAGGUCCAGCAUCGUAUUUUGAGAAUUGCCUUGGUUGUUUAACAGGUUAUCUCAGUCUGCUCUGCUUUGAAACACAUUACAACAAGUGUUUAAAAAGAUUAUCAGAAUAUAUAAAUCAGCAAAACACAAAUGUGUUUGUUCCACUAGGACUCAUGUUAACCAAUCCAAUGGAUAGGGGUCUCAGAGUUGUUGAAAUUUGCAUAUUAAAUGUUGCCUCAAGAUAACAUGUUUUUAUCAUUCAUCACUCCUAUCAUGUAUAAGGCAUCAACAAAACAAGACUAUUUUCUAUAUUUGAAGUGUAUAGACUUGCAAUUGUGGGCCUAUAUGUAAACAUGUAAUAUACAACCUGUUUAAGACUAUUCUAAAUGUAAGACCACUUUUCCCAGGUUCUUACUUUCUAUGGUACGAAUUGGUGAUUCGUUUUAUCAGCAGACAAUUGUACGCAACAUAUUCUGUCUGUAAGAAGCAAAUUCUGGGUAGCUGAUUAUAGGAACUAAUAUAAUGAACCAGGCUUAUGAGUUAGGAUAAAAAUUAAAAUGUAUAUGAAAAUUCAAUGGAUAAAAAUGGAUUUUCAUGAGUGUUAUUUGA